AUGAAGAGUUUGUUGUACUCAGGGUUUGAUGCCGCUAAAGAGUUUUCAAAGUUACUAAAAGGAGAAACCGGCGGCCAUUUGUUGCGUUUAUAUUUCAACAGCUCACCAGACCUUCCUGUUGAGCUUCUAGAGGCAUGGAAGCUUCGACGUGGACUAUCGUGUAUAUUCCCGCUUAUCAAGAUGAUUUUGAACCAUCCUGAGGGAAUAAGUAGAUCAACUGAGAUUGGAAGAGCUAUUGACGAGUUUUGUGGGUUAUUAGAGAAAAACUCGAUGACAUUUGCACAGUAUUGA